AUGGACUUCGACAAAAUUAAGGGCAUGGAUAUUGCCGACCUGCUCCAGAUGUAUACCUCUGCGCAGGUGCAGUUUGCCGAGGCUCUUGCGAAUGACAGCAUUCCAUUAGAGAUUGAGAUCGUCACUAGAUCCGUCAUAGCAGAAGCCUCAAUCAAACUCGGCGUCCACUUUUCACGACAGCCGCUGCUGGAAGAUGCGGUCCAGCACUUAGAUGCGAUUCUGCGCCGUAUCCCGCAGGACUCCCCAAAUCGCGUCUGGGUACUGAACAAACUCUGUGAGGCCGAGUAUGAGCUCUACUGCGUCACUGGCUCCCAACAGCCGCUUGACAACUCGGUCACAUGUGGACGCCAAGCCAAUGACCUGUUAGCUGCAACUGGCAGCGAAGAAAGUCUGGAUCUUCAUGUUGAGAUUCUGACCAAUCUAGGUCACUCUCUGGUUCAACGGUUCGAGUUGAGGAAGAACCCCCCCGAUCUGGAGGACUCCAUUGCCUGCAAGCGGGAGAUCUUGCGGAAGAUACACAAGGAUUGCAAGGAUUCCGAGCGAUAUCUAACGACCAUUAACAAUCUUGCUUCAUCCUUGCGCUUGCGCUAUCUGUGCACACUGGAUGAAGAAAAUGAACGAGAGGCUAUUGUUCUCUUUCGAGAGCUGCUGUCGUCAGCCGAACCUGGAACAAAGUUACACGGAAUGGCCAUUGGCCAGCUGGGAGCCUCGGCUGCGAUGAAAUUUAGGGUUGAGAAAAACCCAGAAGUAUUGGAUGAAGCAAUCGCAAACUGCAAUGUUGGUUUGGACGUCAACGUUCCAGGACAGGAUGGGUGGAUUGAGAUGCUUUCACUUCUCGUGGAACUGUGCACGGAAAAGUUCAACCACACUGGUAAUCUGGAGGACAUGGAAGCACUUGUCCACAACUCUUGUCGCUUCUUCGAUUCUAUACCGACUAGCCACCACAAGAAGGGAGAACAACUUUUGGCACAUCUCAAGAGACUACGGGAGUGCGCAUUCACAGUCAAAGACGUGGGUAUAUUGGAAAGCAUCAUUGACAAAGGGCGGAUUGCUUUCGAGAGCAUGCCAAGGGAUUAUCCAGACAAGGCACGGUCACAGCUUGAAUACUCGCAUAUCUUGGGUCACCAGUACUUUCUGUCUGGCAGCCUGCAGGAUCUGACCUGCUUAGUAGAGUAUGCUCUGAUCGUGUCUGACGAUUUCAACGAAAGCACCAGAGCUAGCUCAAGCUUGCAAGCCCCAGAGGUGAACGUAGACUGGUACCCCAACUUGGUCACAAACCUGAAAGUGCUAGCCGAGGCACCUGCUGAGAAUUCUAUGCAUCGAUUGGCUAAGGAGGAGUUGCUUGCGAGAUUCAAGUCUUCUUACAACUUUGAGAAUCGAGGAUACGCAUUCAUGGCUUUGGAUGAGCUUUAUGAGUACAACGCCACACGUUUAAGGGUUCUAGCCACAGCGGCGACAGAUGGCAUGGAAUUAAUUAACGAAGAGAUUGAAAAGAAAAUAUCAGAACUCAGCUUAGGAUAUGAUGAGCCCGUGGAAGAAGAAGGCGAGACAGAGAGAACCCUACGCGAGGUAUUCAACAUGGUCCCUGAUCAGCGAUUGGUCAACAUCGAUCCCCGAAAUGGACACAUGGUCUUCGAUAUUCAGGAUUACGUCAAAGCUCAGUUUUUCAAUGAUGAUACUCCUCGUACACCUGACCAACUCCUUGCUAAUGACGAAAGGCUGGAGCGAAAGCUAUUGAGGAAAGCUGGCUUGGCGGGCAGGCAAACCAAUCCUGGCCUGUGCUAUUGGUGCCAGUGGCUGUGCAGACUUUUGGACCCAGAAGAUGUAGGGCUCAACUUCGUUGCUGAAGACUCAUGCAUCCCUAGCAUUGGACACUGGAAGACAAUCUUGUUCCGGAAGAGUGAAUGCGCGGUCUGUAACAUGGCAGCCUCCUUGAUCACGACAACAAAGGGCCAGCUUCAUACAUACUUUGAGAAAAUAGAGGAAGGGGGGAAGCGGAUUCGUUUCAUGUUGGGCCGGUUAUUAGAUGGCGAGGGCGUCUUGAGAGUGGAUGUUGGCCUCUCCUAUGCGGGAGAGUUGCGACUGCUAACGCCAAAAAACUUUCGUGUCGCUCUUCGACAGGCAUGGGAAGAUGAUAACGACACACCACUUGCACUGGAAACGUUACUGGAAGACGCUGAUGGGCCCGUCAACAACAAUGGGGGACAGCAGAUUGAUUUUAAACUCAUGAGCAGGUGGCUGAAGGAUUGUGACCAUAAUCACGGCCCGAUUUGCAACCACCCACGACCCGGGAACCGGAUCAAAACCGAUAUCCCCCUCUUUUUCAUCGAUGUCGUUCAGGAAUGCCUUGUAAAUGGUACCUCCAGCGAUCAAUACUUUGUACUCAGCUACACAUGGGGUAAAGUGAACAUGUACAUGACGUUGUUGAACAAUGUUGAGGAGAGAAAGCGACCAGGGGCUCUAUCUUCUGUUCCUUUUCCAAAGACAAUCAAGGAUGCAAUGAACGCAACACGUUCUCUCGGAGAACAACUACUUUGGGUCGACGCCAUCUGCAUCGUGCAAGACGAUGCCUCACAGAAGGCGAGGGACAUUCCAAACAUGGAUAUCGUGUAUGGGAGGGCUCACGCGACUAUUGUUGCCCUGCACGGCGAUAAUGCUGAUGCAGGGCUCCCAGGUGUUUCACCUGGAACACGCGUCUGCCAGCAGAUCGAGACAAUAGAUCUGUCUCUCUCGGACGAAGGCGAGGACGGCGUAUCUCAGGAGAAGGGCAAUCGAAAGUGCAGAUUCGUCUGGGGUCCUAGCCCGCUCCCCUUGACCUUGCAGGCAUCUACCUGGAACACGAGGGGGUGGAUCUUGCAGGAGCGGCUUCUAUCGAAAAGAUGUAUCUACUUUUCUGCUGACGCGUUUUACUUUGAAUGCAAUCGGGGAACUUUGGUCGAGGGCGGGGUGAACGAGGAGUACACGUCCUUUUUCGCCGGAGAACUAUUCGAUGACAGCGAGGUUCAGCAACGGCCAAAGCAAGAUAACCCCAUAUCAGACUUGGCCUUCAUGUAUGAUCUUGAGGGUAGCCCUCGACUAUGGAAAGCCUGGGGGGUGUAUCAAGAACUGGUGCAGAUGUACAGCAAACGUCAAUUCACGUUUAAGCCAGACAUCCUCCACGGCUUUGCUGGCAUCUUUGCUGUGCUGGACGAGCUGGUUCUGCAAGACUACGUCGAGAGCGCCACGGUACAUGGACUGCCAGAGAGUUUCUUCAUCCACGCACUUCUCUGGACGCCUGCCGCCAAGAUACCACGUAGGGGCCAGAAGCUCCCUACCGAAACGAGGGGCACGGAUAUCGGACAGCCAGAUCUGAGAUUCCCCAGCUGGUCGUGGGCGGGCUGGGACGGCCCGGUUGAUUAUAGGCUAUUUGAGGCGAUCAAAGAUGCCAGUGAUCGACCUUUGCCACUGGUACGCAAAUUCAAGCUGGAUGGCCAAGAUAUCUAUCCUGAUAAGUGGAAAAAGGCUGUGCAGGCUUGGCUUGAAAUCGAAGAGAAGGGUAGAAAUGCACCGUCGAACGGAUUUUUUGAAGAGGGGGAUAAUCCACAAGCUCUGGGAAACCCCGAUCCUGCCACCCAUCAACAGUCCGACAGUAAGAGAGAAUUUGACUCUUCUAAAAGCAUGGAGAGCGGGGAGAAGCUCAUUGAGCCUCAGGCAGGGGAGGGGACAGCAGAAGAUAGCAAACUGGUAGAAGAUCGACCAGCAUGUACAGAGGGAGAAAAGCAAACGGAUGCUCCUCCUACCAAUGCAAUCUUGGAAAUGACAGCCCCAGUGGUUUCUUUUUCCUUCUUUUCAUUGUCGUCGACGGAAGAAUAUCUGUGCUUGACGGAUCAAGUGCACACAAAGGGACCCCAAAGCGUUCGCCAGAUCCUAGAUAGCAGCGGUGCACACUGCGGGCUCUGGUGGUCCCAAGGCGGCAAUGGAUGGACUGAGGAUGACUUGUAUCUCGGACAUGAGAAAAAGCUAGCUCUGGUCGGUAUCUCUACUCAUGAAUCAUGCGAGCGUCCACUGCAAGGGCCGGGCAGUGUUCAAGGACCGAUCGCGCUCUGGGACAGUGACAUGUUCCCUGCAGUUGGCCCGCAGAGCGGUUGGGUAAACGUACUGGUAAUUGACCGAGAAUCAGGCUACAAGAACGGCGUUUCAACUCGGUGCACUGUGGCCAUCAUUCAUAACAUGGCAUGGGAGCAGGCGAAACCUGUGCAAACGUUGGUCCGUAUGGCAUAG